CUUACGCAAACUACAAUUCCCGGCGGGGAGAGCGGUGAAGGGGGGGUGGGAUCUGAAAAUGGCGGCGGUGGUAGCUGCUACGGCGCUGAAGGGCCGGGGGGCGAGAAAUGCCCGCGUCCUCCGGGGGAUUCUCUCAGGAGCCACAGCUAACAAGGCUUCCCAGAACAGGACCCGGGCACUGCAAAGCCACAGCUCCCCAGAGUGCAAGGAGGAGCCUGAGCCCUUAUCCCCUGAACUGGAAUACAUUCCCAGAAAGAGGGGCAAGAACCCAAUGAAAGCUGUGGGACUAGCCUGGGCCAUCGGCUUCCCCUGUGGUAUCCUCCUCUUCAUCCUCACCAAGCGGGAAGUGGACAAGGACCGUUUGAAGCAGAUGAAGGCUCGGCAGAACAUGCGGGCAUCCAACACGGGCGAGUAUGAGAGCCAGAGGUUCAGGGCCUCCUCCCAUCAUGCCCCAACUCCUGAAGCUGGGUCCAGGGUGCAGUGGUGAGGAACACUGCAACCCUCCCCUAGACUGUAUUGAUUGUGGCCUCCAGACUGUCAAGUCCUUUCUGGUCUUUGCCUCUGAGGCCCACCAGAGGGCGCAUGAAGCCCAGGCUGCUGCCAGCCCCAUCCCCUUCCGAGAAACCAGCCAAAGGCAAAUAAAGUUACUGAGUGUUUGAGUGGAAAGGAA